GGAAUUGACAUCUGUCACAAGUACGACAGGAAGGUCCGUAGGACCGAGCCAAGAAGUGAGGAUAUUUACUUGAGAUUGUUGGUCAAGUUGUAUCGAUUCUUGGCAAGGCGCACCAAUUCAAACUUCAACAAGGUGGUUUUGAAAAGGCUGUUCAUGAGCAGGACUAAUCGUCCUCCUCUAUCUGUGUCCAAGCUGGUUCGCAUGAUGAAGAAACCUGGACGUGAUAACAAGAUUGCUGUUGUUGUUGGAACCAUCACUGACGACAUCCGCAUUCACUCCCUGCCCAAGCUCAAGAUAUGUGCUCUGAAAAUCACUGACCGUGCUCGUGGCCGCAUCCUGAAGGCUGGAGGAGAGAUUCUAACCUUUGAUCAGCUGGCACUCCGUGCUCCCAAAGGACAGAACACAGUCUUGGUUCAAGGUCCAAGGAAAGCUCGCAAAGCCUUUAAGCACUUUGGAUUGGCUCCUGGUGUGCCACACAGCCACACUAAGCCAAUUGUACGCUCCAAGGGCCGUAAAUUUGAACGUGCCCGUGGUCGCAGAAAGAGCAGAGGAUACAAGGCUUAA